AUGACCUCAUCUAUUAGUGCUGGUGUUGCUGUACCGGAAUGGAUGACAAAGGAAUACUUUGUGGAUGCUAUUGCGGUGAAGUUGGAUCUUCCGGAAAAUGCCUUCACUAUCACCGAUCUCGAUGUUCGGAAAGCUACGGAGGCUGGUGAUAAUUAUGCGUCCAUUCUCUACCGUGUGCGAGUGUCGGUUCGAGUGCAUGAUGGUAACCAUGAAACUGACGUUUCGUUAAUUGUGAAAGCUCUCCCAAAUCUCGGACUGUCCGAUGAGAUGAUAAAAAUGAUGAACCUGUUCCCAAAGGAGAUGGCCAUGUACACAGACAUACUACCCGCCAUGGAACGGCUGUAUGACGAGCGUGGUCGAACGGGUGUGUCAUUUGGGCCACGCUGUCUGAAGCACAGCACCGAACCAACCGAUGUGAUUGUGAUGGAAGAUUUGCAUGAACGUCAGUUUACGAUGGCGAAUCGACACCAAGGAAUGGACAUGGAGCAUACUCGAUUGGCACUACGACGAAUGGCACAGUUCCAUGCAGCGUCUGUUGUUCUGCAGCAGCAACGUGGCCCGUAUGGGGAACUAUUCAAGCAGGGUCUUGUUUCAGAUAAAGCACGCGCUAUGACUGAGCAAUUUCAUAAGCAACAGGCUGAAUUCUUCCAGAUGAUACUGCGUGGAUGGUCAGAUAAAACAGCGAUCUAUGCCGAUCUGAUGAAACAUUGUGGUAUGGAUUUGUUCGAUUCCCUCUUGCUUAUCACUCGGGCCAAUCCAGCUGGAUUCAACGUACUUAAUCACGGUGACAUGUGGUGCAAUAAUAUCCUAUUUCGUCACAAAGCAGAAAAUGAGCCAAACGAUAUCGUACUGAUUGACUAUCAGCUCAGCUUCUGGUCCUCGCCGGCGCACGACCUGCUCUACUUCAUCCUGACUUCCGUUAACGGCGAUUUGAAGCUAUCACAGAUGAACUACAUGAUUCAAUAUUAUCACGAACAUCUCGUUGAUAGUUUUAAUUUUCUUGGGUACAAUGGCAAAGUCCCACUGCUGAAAGAACUGCACUCGGAUAUAACAACGCAUCACCUGUUCGGGUUGAUGAUAUCCUUAUCCAUUCUUCCUGCAUGUGUGAUGGAGAAAACGGACGAUGCUUCGAUGGAUUUGAUGCUGGAUCAGGGCGACGCCGGAGUUGCCUUUAAGCUGAAAAUGUACAACAAUCCUGUUUAUGUCAAACAAAUGGGACAAAUCUUGGACUUCUUCUACGACAGAGGAGUGUUUGAUCUACUGCAGAUCGGUACCCAACGAGCGGCGCGGAUUGAAUGUGAUCCGUCGCUGGAACUACCGCUGUGGUUGGACCAAGAGUUUAUUGAGCACAUCGUAGAUUCCAAAUUCGGUAUUGACGAGAAGAAUAAGCGCAUCGUUCGUAGUGUAUACGUAAAAAAUGCUGCUAAGAAGGGCGAUAGUUACGCAUCUGCGCUGUACUCGGCCAAGGUGAGUCUGCUCUGGAAGGAUGCAGACACGGAGGAGACACUAUCGCUCAUCAUCAAAGCACCUCCAAAGGGCAUUGCGGCAUCUUACACACUGGACAAGGAUAUGUACGUGAGAGAGCUUCAUCUCUACCAACACCUCAUACCCGCCUUCGAAGCACUGUACCACAGCAAGGGAGUAUCGGUAAAGCUUGGACCACGCCACUAUACAACACGUGUUGGACUACCGGUGGACGUGAUCGUACUGGAAGAUUUGACGAUUAGCGGGUUCCGCAUGGCUAAUAGACAGGAAGGUUUAGAUAAAGCUCACGUUGAGGCAGUACUCGACCAUCUGGCACUGUUCCAUGCUGCAUCAGCCGUGUAUUGCGAGUCCGGGAAUACCCUGCCAAAGGAACUGGCCGAGUCAAGCUCGGACCGGGAAAUGGCGUCUAAAACAGAUGCGAUGUUUGCUCCCUCACUGGACAGUUUGUUCAAGUAUAUGAGAGAGUGGGAGUUCGCUGCAGAGUUCGUCGACGAUCUGGAGACCGUUUCCAGGCAGAUCUACACAUUGCUGGUAGACACUUGGACCAUCGACGUGAAUGGGUUCAAUGUACUGAAUCAUGGCGACGCGUGGCUGAACAAUAUUCUUUUUUCAUAUGACGACGAGACGGUGAAACGUGUGGCGAUGGUCGAUUACCAGUUUCCAUCGUGGGGCUCACCUGUGUUCGAUCUAAUCCACUUCCUGUUUUCCUCUGUGCGGGGAGAUCUGAAGCUUUCGAAGCAGGCAUACUUUUUGCGAUACUACCAGGAACGUCUGGUCCAUAACUUAGUGCUGCUCGGUUACCGCAAACGGUUGCCAACGCUGCAACAGCUCCACAUCGAUUUUAACGAUCGUCUAAGUGCGGCCAUCAAAACUACCGUCAUUGAUCUUCCGUACGUGUUGGCAGAUCCGAGUGAAGACGCCUCCCAGGAAGCGGCCAUCGUGCAGACCGAAGCAGGACAAAGAUUUCAAAAGCUGCUCUUCGAUAACGAUCGUUUUAAGCAGCAUAUGAAGGAGCUGUUGCCCUAUUUCCGAUCACGUGGAUUGCUGACGCCACUAGCGGCUAAUUGUAGGCAGGACCAAAAGAACUUCGACGAGUUUAUACCUAAGCAGACAACAUUCGCGAAUAUUAUAAAUCAAACAAACAAACGUGAACGUGAAAUAACCAUGACCUCAUCUAUUAGUGCUGGUGUUGCUGUACCGCAAUGGAUGACAAAGGAAUACUUUGUGGAUGCUAUUGCGGUGAAGUUGGAUCUUCCGGAAAAUGCCUUCACUAUCACCGAUCUCGAUGUUCGGAAAGCUACGGAGGCUGGUGAUAAUUAUGCGUCCAUUCUCUACCGUGUGCGAGUGUCGGUUCGAGUGCAUGAUGGUAACCAUGAAACUGACGUUUCGUUAAUUGUGAAAGCUCUCCCAAAUCUCGGACUGUCCGAUGAGAUGAUAAAAAUGAUGAACCUGUUCCCAAAGGAGAUGGCCAUGUACACAGACAUACUACCCGCCAUGGAACGGCUGUAUGACGAGCGUGGUCGAACGGGUGUGUCAUUUGGGCCACGCUGUCUGAAGCACAGCACCGAACCGACCGAUGUGAUUGUGAUGGAAGAUUUGCAUGAACGUCAGUUUACGAUGGCGAAUCGACACCAAGGAAUGGACAUGGAGCAUACUCGAUUGGCACUACGACGAAUGGCACAGUUCCAUGCAGCGUCUGUUGUUCUGCAGCAGCAACGUGGCCCGUAUGGGGAACUAUUCAAGCAGGGUCUUGUUUCAGAUAAAGCACGCGCUAUGACUGAGCAAUUUCAUAAGCAACAGGCUGAAUUCUUCCAGAUGAUACUGCGUGGAUGGUCAGAUAAAACAGCGAUCUAUGCCGAUCUGAUGAAACAUUGUGGUAUGGAUUUGUUCGAUUCCCUCUUGCUUAUCACUCGGGCCAAUCCAGCUGGAUUCAACGUACUUAAUCACGGUGACAUGUGGUGCAAUAAUAUCCUAUUUCGUCACAAAGCAGAAAAUGAGCCAAACGAUAUCGUACUGAUUGACUAUCAGCUCAGCUUCUGGUCCUCGCCGGCGCACGACCUGCUCUACUUCAUCCUGACUUCCGUUAACGGCGAUUUGAAGCUAUCACAGAUGAACUACAUGAUUCAAUAUUAUCACGAACAUCUCGUUGAUAGUUUUAAUUUCCUUGGGUACAAUGGCAAGGUCCCACUGCUGAAAGAACUGCACUCGGAUAUAACAACGCAUCACCUGUUCGGGUUGAUGAUAUCCUUAUCCAUUCUUCCUGCAUGUGUGAUGGAGAAAACGGACGAUGCUUCGAUGGAUUUGAUGCUGGAUCAGGGCGACGCCGGAGUUGCCUUUAAGCUGAAAAUGUACAACAAUCCUGUUUAUGUCAAACAAAUGGGACAAAUCUUGGACUUCUUCUACGACAGAGGAGUGUUUGAUCUACUGCAGAUCGGUACCCAACGAGCGGCGCGGAUUGAAUGUGAUCCGUCGCUGGAACUACCGCUGUGGUUGGACCAAGAGUUUAUUGAGCACAUCGUAGAUUCCAAAUUCGGUAUUGACGAGAAGAAUAAGCGCAUCGUUCGUAGUGUAUACGUAAAAAAUGCUGCUAAGAAGGGCGAUAGUUACGCAUCUGCGCUGUACUCGGCCAAGGUGAGUCUGCUCUGGAAGGAUGCAGACACGGAGGAGACACUAUCGCUCAUCAUCAAAGCACCUCCAAAGGGCAUUGCGGCAUCUUACACACUGGACAAGGAUAUGUACGUGAGAGAGCUUCAUCUCUACCAACACCUCAUACCCGCCUUCGAAGCACUGUACCACAGCAAGGGAGUAUCGGUAAAGCUUGGACCACGCCACUAUACAACACGUGUUGGACUACCGGUGGACGUGAUCGUACUGGAAGAUUUGACGAUUAGCGGGUUCCGCAUGGCUAAUAGACAGGAAGGUUUAGAUAAAGCUCACGUUGAGGCAGUACUCGACCAUCUGGCACUAUUCCAUGCUGCAUCAGCCGUGUAUUGCGAGUCCGGGAAUACCCUGCCAAAGGAACUGGCCGAGUCAAGCUCGGACCGGGAAAUGGCGUCUAAAACAGAUGCGAUGUUUGCUCCCUCACUGGACAGUUUGUUCAAGUAUAUGAGAGAGUGGGAGUUCGCUGAAGAGUUCGUCGACGAUCUGGAGACCGUUUCCAGGCAGAUCUACACAUUGCUGGUAGACACUUGGACCAUCGACGUGAAUGGGUUCAAUGUACUGAAUCAUGGCGACGCGUGGCUGAACAAUAUUCUUUUUUCAUAUGACGACGAGACGGUGAAACGUGUGGCGAUGGUCGAUUACCAGUUUCCAUCGUGGGGCUCACCUGUGUUCGAUCUAAUCCACUUCCUGUUUUCCUCUGUGCGGGGAGAUCUGAAGCUUUCGAAGCAGGCAUACUUUUUGCGAUACUACCAGGAACGUCUGGUCCAUAACUUAGUGCUGCUCGGUUACCGCAAACGGUUGCCAACGCUGCAACAGCUCCACAUCGAUUUCAACGAUCGUCUAAGUGCGGCCAUCAAAACUACCGUCAUUGAUCUUCCGUACGUGUUGGCAGAUCCGAGUGAAGACGCCUCCCAGGAAGCGGCCAUCGUGCAGACCGAAGCUGGACAAAGGUUUCAAAAGCUACUCUUCGAUAACGAUCGUUUUAAGCAGCAUAUGAAGGAGCUGUUGCCCUAUUUCCGAUCACGUGGAUUGCUGACGCCACUAGCGGCUAAUUGUAGGCAGGACCAGUAA